CGCCGGGGAUGUUGCGGGGCCGAGGACAGAAGAUACCCUACAGAGACCCAGAAACUGGACUCAGGCUGAUCCCCAGCCUCUGGCUAGUUCCUUAAUUGCUGAACCUUGGUCACCUCAUCUAUAAAAUGGAGAACAACAACAAAAAAAUGAAAACACAUCGUUUCAUUUACUACUCGGACACUGGCUGGGCUGUGGGGGCUGAGGAGUCCGACUUUGAAGGCUGGGCCUUCCCCUUCCCUGGCGUGACACUGAUAGAGGACUUCGUGACCCGCGAGGAGGAAGCUGAGAUGGUGCAGCUGAUGGACCGUGAGCCUUGGAAACGCUCACAGUCUGGACGCAGGAAGCAGGACUAUGGUCCCAAAGUCAACUUUCGGAAACAAAAGCUCAAGACUGCCGGCUUCCAAGGCCUCCCCAGCUUCAGCCGGGAGAUAGUGCGGAGAAUGGGCCUCUACCCCAUCCUGGAGGGCUUCCGGCCCGUGGAGCAGUGUAACCUGGACUACUGCCCAGAACGGGGCUCAGCCAUCGAUCCCCACCUGGAUGACGCCUGGCUGUGGGGGGAGCGGCUAGUGAGCCUCAACCUCCUGUCCCCCACCGUGCUGUCCAUGUCCCGGGAGGCGCCCGGCAGCCUACUGCUCUGCCUGGCCCCAUCCGGCUUCCCGGAAGCUCUGGAAGGUGUGAUGGCCCCUAGUAGGUCCGUCCUGUGCCAGGAGGUGGAGGUGGCUGUCCCCUUACCCCGCCGCUCUCUGCUUGUGCUCACCGGAGCCGCACGGCACCAGUGGAAGCAUGCCAUCCACCGCAGACACGUCGAGGCCCGCCGUGUGUGUGCCACCUUCAGGGAGCUGUCGGCCGAAUUCUGUCCUGGUGGGAGGCAGCAAGAACUUGGGCAGGAGCUCCUGCAAAUCUCUCUCUCCUUUCAGGGGAGACCCAAUUGAGCCGCCUUCCUGGGGACAGGAGCUGGGAUGCCGGCUCCAGACUUGACCCUUUGCCAGGCUUGAAGGGGGAGCCCAGCACAAGGGUCUUCCUUCCCAGCUCAUUAGGUUUUUCAGAGAAGACUGCUGACACCCUGACGCCAUGGCAGCGUGAGCCCUGCCGGGAACUGGUUUGAUGGGGAUGUGUCUCAGGUCAGUCCUCUUUGAGCUGCACUAUGGCCACUUGUUUGGGUUAAUUUGUCACAGUUUGACGAAGUGGCAUAAUUUGAGUUUUAAAAACUUUGGAAUCACUUAAAACCAUUUUCUCCUUUAUCCAUUUGUCUCAGCGAGGUUUCCCGGUGCCCCACCCUGUAGUCCCUCCAUUUGGGUAGCGUGCCAGAUCAGAGAUGGAUUGGUAGAUCUGAGGCUAUCACUGUGUCAGAUUUCAGAGCUGGUGACAGUUUCUGAGUCAGGCUCUGCCUCGGUCAUGCUUGACCCAGACUUGGGUGCAGGAUGCAGCAAGGAGAGGGAAAUCUCCUGAGAGAUUUAGCCCACACAUAGGAAAGCAGGAACCUAAAAUACGGGAUGAGCCGGCUGGUGUCCAGCUGGGCAGCAGUAAUGCAGAGCCCUCCCUCGGCCUGAUGGCACUCAUGAGGAAGCUCCCAGAUUUUCCUCAUAGCCCAACCCACCUCUGCCCACGUAAUGAUGUUAAAAAGUGGGAAAGGUCUCUUCAGCUCCCAGGAUAGUACAAGGUGUUUCACUGGCUGGUGCUGGUACUGUGUGUGGUGCUCACCUCGACGGGUGGCUGCCCCUGUGCACCUGUGGCCGGGCGUGCAGGCUGUGGAGGUGGAGGGAGAUGGCAAUGUUCCCUGGGUCUGCAUGGCCAACCCUCUCUCCUGUUGCUUAUGUGACAAAAUACACUCAGCUCACCCGCCCCAUGCUGGGAGCCAGACUUGAAGGACCAGUGCCCCAGCCUGGAAAGUUUCAUGGUCGGCACUGGUCUUCAUAGUCAAUCUGGAGCUUUUGAGAGCAGGCAGGCUGGGGGAGGCACUGGCCACCGCACUGCCCAUGAAGUGGUGUCAUAGUUGCUGAGCUACUUGCUUGCACUGGAGAAUGCUGUGAAGACCCAGUGGACAGGUGUGUGGGCUUCUAGUGGCUACUGGGUGGGGGUGGGUGAGCUUCCAGAUUCCGUAACUGCUGCUUCCUGGGUCAGCUCACUCAGGAGGAGGGUGGAGGACAGCUUCUUCUCAUCCUCCGGAAAUUCUGUUUCUUUGUUACUAAUGAUGAGGCCCAGAAAUCAGGAUUUUAAAGAUUCUCAGGUGAUUCUAAUGUGCAGCCAAGGUUGAGAACCACUGUGCUAUGUGAAGACUGUCAGGCCCCAGGUGCUCACCGUCUCACCUAAGCACCCACUGCCCAUGGGGCGGGGCUGGGGUGUGGCCAGGCUGGGUGCUUCCUCCAGAGCCGCUCUUGGGCACCGGUGCAACUGCUCUCCUGUGUUUCUGAAGGGCUGAUCCCAGCAGCCACAGCCUGGGGCACAACGUCUGCUUCACCCCCAUAUUGUAGGUAGCUUUCCUGCUUUCCUUCAGCACUGGAUGCUUGUCUGUGCUAAUGCUCUUACAGUCUCAGACUACAAGGCUGUAUGGGAAUACUAAUACGGAAGCAUCCAGUCCAAGGGGGGUUCCUGCAGCGCCCUCUUCCAGAGUAAGUUGGGGGAGUCUACUGGCAUUCCUCAGCCUGCACUGUUGAGAAAACUUGGGGCUGGUUCCUGUUCACAGGGUCGGAGAGUGAGGCCCAGGUUGGUCCUAACGGGGCUAAGCUCAGUCCAGGGAGGACCCUUGGUUAUUUCUGCUGAGACUUGUGCAGAAACUGCCUGUACCUGUCUGCAUGUUUUAAAUGGGCCUACAGCGGAGUCUAGGCUCAGUCCUGUCCCACCUUACCCUGCUGGGCCCUGUCCAGGGCUCUGUGGACGCUACCCCUCAACCUUCUGGAAGCAUCUGAGUCAGGAGUGAGUGUCUCAGCAGGUGAGCUGAACGGUAAGUGGGCCUGACCACAGGCUUGCUAGGCUUGCUGGGGAAAUGGUCUACAGAGUUAGUUUGCUGCCCCUGAGCCCAGGGGGACCCACAGGGCCUGAGGAGUCCUCCCUCCGGGCUGCAGAGGCAGUCUGGCCCCCUGUAUUGGCAGAACUUUCCCUAUAGUGGUGUCACCUGCUUUGCAUGCCUAAUUCCUAGGACUGUCUGGCUUAAAGUGCCAGAAAAUUAAUAAUGGACAGAAAUUCUUUCCUAGAAGGGCCUCUACCUCAUUGGACAACUAUUACAAAACAGAAAAUCUGGGAGCUUCCUUGUGAGUGCCACCAGGCCACGGGAGGGCUCUGCAUUACUGCUGCCCAGCUGGACACCUGCCUCAGCCCAGAGCCACAGGUGCCUGGGGUUGGAGAAAGCCCAGAGGGACCAGCGCUUCAGUGGCUCCUCUCCUGGGGGACUUCAAGCUGACCCUGUCCAGAUGGCUCUGCUGGCACUCGGCUGUACCUGGGGCUGCCCCUUGUGGUGUUUCUGGAAAGGGAAGGGAAGCUGCCAGGCAGAGGGGCCCCACUAGGUGGGAACUUGUGGCAUGACUGGGUCCAAGUCCCCUGUCUGUCUAUUCCAGAGAAGUCUCUGACCUGGGAAACCUAUUAGGACACUGGCGGUGAUCACCAAAUAGGAGGAGGCAGGAGGGGCUUAAGGAUCCAGGAUGCAGCAGACACCAGGGAAGGACCAGCAGCUAUCACAGCAUUCCACCCAGACAGAAAGCAGUGUGUAGCUUUUUUAUUCAGUUCAAUCCAGGGCAACUUUUAAAAAUCCAUAUACAGGACUGUGGUCUGUACCCCGUACGUGAUCUACACAGUGUCAUGCGUAAUGAACUAAUCACAAGACAGAUAAGGACUACAGAUGAACCUGUCCGCUCAGCUUCUGUGAUUUUAUCCUCCACAGACCUUCCUAGAAGACACUAAGAUAUGUUCUGUCCCCACAGUUUCUAAAAUAGAAACACUUCAGUUUUGAUACUUCUGGUCAGGUACUAAAUGGAGACUGUGUUCCACUUUGGAACGGGCCUCAAGUAUUUGCAGGCAUUUGUUUUACGAGCACCAGGAAGGCUCUGCUCAGAGGGAAACAGGGCAAGCCCACGCUGCCCCGGGGCGGCCCAUGGCGCCUCCCCAUGGAGAGGCCUGUACUGGAACAGUCUACAAUCUCCUUAAAUCUCCGGAAUCCGAAUUUCUAGCCUGUAAUUUGCCAGCCCCUCCCCUAAACUGCCCUGCAGAGUUGUUCCUGCAGCUCCAAAGCGCAGCUUAUCCUCCAUCUCCAGACAAGCUCCGCCGCUAUCCUGAGGUGGUCCUUCCCCCACCCCGCCCAUCACCAGUCCCCAGACUCACUGUCAUCUCUGUUCCCACAGAAAUUCUUUGCCUCAUGUCUCUAGAAAGGCUGGAGCUGGGAAAGCACUCUGGAUGAGAACAGGAAAUGACAGGAACGUUACUCUCCCAGUUUGAACGUGGUAUGUGGCACUGUCAUUGCGCACCUCGUAUCUGACCUUGUUGCGGUCAGGCCGAAAGCUCUGCCCGUGGAUCAGGCAUAAUGGGCCCCCACUGACACUGGGGUGUGCUUUCCAGUCUGGGGAACAUGGGACUCUGUGGACCUGGCACACUUGGGGCAGUGGUACCAAAUGGCCCAGGAAAGUGGCAGCAGGAGUGAGCUCAGCAUGACCCCUCAAAAGGCUCAGGCCAGAGGAAGAGCUUGCUGCCUGCUCCCAGCUAGUUUUGUCACUGCCAGGUCACCAAGUGGCUGUCUUGCAGUGAUGCUGACAUUCUUUUGCAAAGCAAACACAUUAAACCAAUUAAGCCUUUUCAACAAGACUGUGGGAAAGAGGAAACAUGCACUAGAGAGCAAGCAAGUCGGGACAGAUGUCUGCAGAAGGUACAGGGGACACGCCCUUUAGAAGACGCCAGGCCUCUUCUCUGGCCUGGAGGGACACCAUGUCCAGGCUCCCCAUAAGUGUCACCAGUCAGCAUUUCAGAGUUACAGGUUGAGGUUUAUGCUCUCACCAGUAGGUCACAUUCCCAGAAACUUCAGCCAGGCCACCCAGAUCCCACAGAGAUAUUAGGCUGUGGAUAGAAAUGUCAUCAGAGCAUGAAGUCCAAUGAGGAAAUGGCCUCCUUCUCCAGUUGGCUGCCAGCCAAAGUGGUAAAGGUGGUUUUUAGAAGCAGCUCGGGGUAUAGCAUGCUCACACGUAAGCUGAGCUGUAGCCUGUAUGUGAACAGCCCAAGAACACGAGCUAGGGCAACCAGAGCCCAUGCUGCACACGGCAGUAAACGCGCUGGCUGUGGCUGAGAGGCUGGGGCCCGGGGGGAGGCAUGAUGUGGGUUGUGCAUUCUCUGCAUUUGUUCCAUCUCAUGAGCAAGACCCACAUUUGGCCAGGGCUGGCCCUGGUGCUACCACCCCUAGACCAGACCAGGCUGACAGCCUUGUCUAGAUAGCAAGUCCCCCAAGCUGCCCCUCUGCUGCCAGGCACCAUGGGCAGCAGGGAGAUGGGCAGGCUCUGCCACCUGAGCAAAUGCUCCUGGCCUUCUGGGACCAGAGCCUGGAGGAUCAGGCUCAGAGGGCAUUCUGUGGCCAAGAGAUGUAGGCCUCUGGACUGUGGGCUCUUCCCAACCUGGUAGCCUUGCUGGGUCAAUGUGGCCAGGGCUCCAGGCUGGCUGGGAAGAAAGAAUUUGAGCCCAGUGUGCUUUGGAGUACCCCUUAGUUAACAGCCUCCUCAAGUAGGCUGCCCCCAGACAUGCCUCCCCAACUCUGCCAGGCCUCCACUCGUGGAAGUCUCCCCCAGGCCCUGACAAGUCUGCCUCCUCCUGGAGUACCCAUACCUGCUGGGCUGACAUGUGCCCCAGGCUCCUGCCUUGCCCUCAAGCCAGGCCACCCAACUCCCUGCAGAGCAGGGGAGGGAAGCACCAGGCCCAGCAGUAAUCCUGUGCCCAUCUAAUUGCCACAAUUUCCACCGAAUCACAGCAGGCUGGUACUAUCAAAUGUGCCACCCGGCUGCCAGGCAGUGCACCUGAGGAGUCAUGGGCAAUCCUCUGAACUCACAGCCCUACCUAGCCUGACUCCCGGCCUCCGCCAGGCUCCCUGCACUGCUGGCCACUCCUUCCCCACCUCUGGGAUGACCAGUGCUGGAGCCCUGCCCGGGUCCCAGGGCCAAGGACUCAGCCUUUCUUUGCCCUAAGCUCUUAGCAACAGAGUCAGUCUCUCGUUUUAAGGAUUUCCAUUUUCUGAGGGAAAAUGAGCUGGAUUUUACGGCAUUAAGACAGGAGUAAAACUUUGGUGUUGAACUAUCUGGCAGUGUCUAGGCAGCCUCAUGGCAAUUUACAUUUUUAAAAUUCCCUCAAAAGCAGGCUGUUUCUGUUGGCUCCCAGCCCCCAGGGGAGUCGCGCCCUUACACGACCUGCAGGCUGCGCUCGUGCCCAUCCAGCUGCACCUUGAGCUUGUGCAGCUCCUCGAUCUCGCGGUUGUGCCGCUCGGUCUUGUGGCGCACCAGCGAGCGGUAGAAGUGGAUGGUGAAGACCACGAAGAUGAGACCCACAGGCACCAUGAUGAUGGUGGACACGAGGGCGGCCUGCCAGCCUGUGUGGCCACUGGGGCCGGGUGCAGGGCCGGGCUGGUGGCGUGCAUCCACAGGCAGGAACUUGAUCCAGCAGAGCAGCACGACCUCAGCCAGGAAGAGCAGGAUGCCGAGUACGGUGGAGAAGCCCCAGGCCAGCUCAAUGUAGGGGUGCAUACGCUCAUGCGGCGACUCGCUGAUGGAGUUGAGGUUGUGGAUGUUGCUCACGGCCUCCACGUUGGGCAGGAUGCACGUGCUGAUGAGCAGGGCGAAGAGGUGCACGGCCACCAGCACCGUCGUGCAGGCACUGAAGGCGAUGAGCAGGGGCGGUGGAUACUGGUACUGCGUCUCCAGCUGCACCUCCACCAUGGCCACCUGCAAGGCAGAGCGGAUGCUGCUGGGCUGCGCAAGCACCUUCCAGGCCCUUGCGGAGCACAGGACACUCUUUGCUGCUCAACUAUUUUGAACUUGCCUUUUUUUCUGAUUCGCUAAAGAAUAUCUCACUGAGAAAAAAAUCUAAAGGUACAGAGAGACUAAAGAAGCACCAAGCGGGGCGAGUCACCCUCCAGGUGCCUUCCCAGACACGGAAUGUGUGGUGUAUCUGAGGUGCCAAGCUAUGAGCCAGGGCACAUGUGGCUUUGCUAUUGAUAUCAGAGCCAGGCUGCAGUGUGGCUUAGCUGCAAAAAAACCCCCUAUUUUAAAAAUAAAAACGGACCUUUUAAAAGGUUAAAAAAAAAAAAGUAAAAACAGAGGCUUCUGAUGGUGCCCAGACUCAGAGCUGCAAACCCAGACAGCCUCACA